AUGUCGUCCGCGCUCAACCCGUUCAAGUGGCCAUGGCAGGUCAAGGCCGGCCUCUCGGCUGCCGUCGCCGGCUGGAUGUACUUUGAGUAUUGGCGUGCGCGCGCGCGGUACAACGCUGCGGUGGCCAAGGGGAAGAAGGAGGCAAGCGAUGCGCCUGCGCCCGCGACUGCUGGUGCUGCUGGUGCUGCUGCUGAUGCUGUUGCUCCGGCACCUGCUGCGGCGCCCGCUGCUGCUGCUGCUGCUGCCAGUGGCGAGGCUGGCUCGGCGUCCGGUGGCGCAGCGCUGCAGGUCCAGCCUGACGGGCGGAUCAUGCUCAACACACAGGGCAUGUCGAUGGCGGAGCGGCAGCAGCUGCAGCAGAUGCUUUCGCUCAUCUCGACGGGCGAGAAGCUGAUCCAGCUGCGCGCGUUCAGCGAUGCGGAGCAGUGCCUUGUCUCGUCGCUGGAGAUGAUUGGAGCUAUGCUUGGCCCGAACCACAUCCUCGCCGACCGCCCGUUCCAGCAGCUGGCCACGCUGUACUCGACAACCAAGGAGGACGAGAAGGCGCUGGCCAUGCAGCAAAAGUCGUACGAGAUUCGGUGCCACGCCAUGGGCGAGGACUCGCCGGCGGCCGUCCAGGUCCUCAUCUCCAUGGCCAACACGCUCAUCGACCUGCGGCAGUAUCCGAUGGCCGAGAAGUUUGCCUUCCGCGCGCUCAAGGUCUUUGAGGCUGCCGCCGAGGACACCGCUGAGGCCUCUGCCGAGAAGCACAUCCAGAUUGCGUCGGCUAAGUUCCUCAUUGCCAAGAUCCACAAGGCGACGAACAACCUCGAGCCGGCCGUCGAGCUCCUCACCGAGGUCAUUGCCGUCGGCUCGGAGCACAUCGGCAAGACCACGCUCUUCACCAUUCACGGCAUCUGCACCCUCGCCUCCGUCUACCGCCUCCUUGGCCGCUUCGACGACGCUGAGCUUGUCUACGCCGACAUUCUCGCCGCCCUCGACGCUGAGGGCAUGCCGCACUCGUCGCCCAUCUACAACGCUGUCGCCAACCAUCACGCGUGCAUGCUCGUCGACAUGGGCCAGACCGACGCCGGCACCGCCGCCCUCGCCGAGGUCCGCGCCCAGGCCCAGAUCCCGCCGACCUCGACCUCGGCCUACCUCCACUCGGUCAACGCCGUCUACUUUUACACCCUCCACACCCAGGCCGACGUCGACGCCAUCGCCCGCGGUGAGGAGCCGAAGCCCAUCAACAUUGGUGAGGCUAUCAUGGCCGAGGAAGACGGCAGCGCGCCCGAGAUUGUCUCGCGCACCGCCAACCUCGCCUUCCACCUGCGCCCGGUCAAGCACGCUUGCCUCGCCACCAUGGACGAGUCUGGCAUCGACGCCUUCUUCCUCGAGACCUCGCUCGAGAAGCCCGACGGCUCCGGCGAGCUUGUCACCAUCACCGCCACCGUCACCCGCGACGCUGUGGACGAUCUUGUCAAGAUCGGCUACGCCGUCGACGACGGCGACGUCGUCAAGGGCAUGUACUCCUCGGUGACCAAGAUCUACGCCUCGGACGCCAAGGACCGUCUCCUUGGCGAGCACCACCAGCUCGUCUACGCGCCCUUUGACCUCCAGGCCGCUACCCGCGCCCAGUCGGUCUCCUACACCGACCUCUCCUCGUUUGUCCGCUACGAGCCGCAGCAGUAA